CUCUUUGGUGGGUACAAUCCUGCCCAAUCAAAUGAAAGUCCACGGAAGUUCACUGGUGGAGAGUUUGGGGACACUAGUUCAAAUAAUACAUUAUUCGAAGAAGCUUUCAGAGUUCAUUGCAGUUUACUAUUAACACCAUCAGUGACUGUAGUUAUUGUGAGAUACAAAUGAAUUCGACGAAAGACGAUGAAAACUAUUGGAACACUAGUGACAAACUAGCCUUCAAUUUUGAAGAUGACGAAGAAGGUCAAUUAUUUGGAAUAUCAAAAACAGGAACUGCUCGGCUGCGAGCUGGAAUAUCAGAUAUCGGUGACUCCGAAAAUUACUUAAAAUCAGAUGAUACACACUCUAACCUCAAACCGUUGCUUUCUGUUAUUUCUGAGCAGACGUUGACCAGUAUUUUGGCAGCAGAUAACUUGCAAAAUACUCAUGAAGAGAAGCCUAUCGUCCAACCAGAGAUAACUCUGAGAAGAAUACUACUGGGACAGCCAUUUAUGCUAGAACAAUACAAAUCGCUUGCCUGUAAAUCAGAAUUACUAGAUGCAGCUAUUAAUUCUGGUGAUGGAAACGCCAUUCUAAUUGUAAUUAUAUUUAUUGCAAAAACACUGAAGCGGGUGUUGAUUCAAAGGCUACUUGCAGCCAGACCUGAAGCAGUUAAUGUAUACAUCCGAUAUCUUGCCAUAACGUUGCGCACUAACGAGCUCACUGAUCUUUUAACGAUGUUGGGGCGCUCUAAAGACGCAGCUAUGACAAAUUUACAAAUUGUUACAAAGAACACACAUCAAUUCGAAAGGCUAUUACAAAAACUGCAGCAUUGUUACAGAACGCAUUUUACAGCUUUACCAGAGUGCAAGGAAACCUGUUACGUACAGAAUUACAUCAAACUCCUUGAGUGGCAGGUUGCAGUAAAGGCUACAGAAUUAAGCGAACCGUUGAAAAUGCAUUCUUCAGUAUUAGAUUGUCUGCAACAUGCUUGCCAGCAUCAUUGGGGAGCUUCUGAUGGAGCAGUUGUAUCAGCUGCAAAUCUCUCAAAGGAGCAUGCUGUUUCUCCUCGACAAUUUCAAAGCGUCGCACUUAGUACCAGGGCAUCAUUGCAAGCCUGGGAUGAUGUUGAAGCUCUACUUCUGACUAAGGGUUGGCUUGGCAGUAAAAAAUUGCAAACCACCCUCUCUAUAGAAGAUAUUUCCAAAAUUCUCCAUCAAAAUCAAGCGCCGUCUUCUUUGCUUGCCAAGUUUUUGAGCUAUGUAGAUAACUUAGAUAAACGACUAGAACUGGCAAAAAAGCUUCAGUGUCACCGAGCUGUUAUCGAUGUAUUUGUACUACAGAGAGAUCGAGCAGCUUUGAUGGACUACAAAUCCAGUCUCCACUCGCAAUCAGAGCAAUACUUUUAUGCUGAAAAUGCACUUCGUGUUUCCUCAACAAAGUGGAAAAAUUGAAGUUCUGCAUAAGAUAAUAAAUACCCGAUACAUGCA